CCCCAAGCGUGUGCGGGCGGGCUGCUGUCCGCCGUGCCGGGGUCUGACGGCCGUGGAGCGGUCGGUGUGCCGCUGCCGAGGCGGAGGGCGGUGCUGUGGCGGCCGGAGGAGCCGCGUGAUUGGCCUCUGCCCGGCGGCUGCCUUGUCAGUCGGUCUGCAGGGGUGGCCCCAGGAGCCGCUCGCCCAGCCCUCUGACGGGGAUGGAACCUUGAGGGGGAUGCGGUGCUCUUCGCGUUUGGAUUAAAGCUUCGCAUCUCCCUUCAGUCUGAAGGCAGGGCAUCGGGGAGGACGGGUCGGAGGAGUUUGCGUAAGGCCGGGCAGAGAGAGAGACAGAAAGGGAGGAAGGGAGAGACAGAAAGGGAGGGAGGGAGAGAGAGAGGGGGCAGAGAGAGAAAACCUCUUUUGGUCUAUCACGUAUGGCUGUAUAGGAGAAUUCAUCUCUGGGAAUAUAGUGGAAAGGACGGAGCAGGUAUAAACCGAAGGCGCCUGCGUUUAAUUCACGCUUGUGGGUGCCCAGCAUGGAGAUGCAGAGAUGGUCCCCAAGGUGGAAAACGAGAAGGUGGCCCUGGGACUCGGCUGUGACCGUGGUCGUCAUCUUCGCCAUCCUCCUCCGGUCUGCAGAGGUCAGAGGAGCUGAGCCCGUUGAUGUGCUAAAAGCAUUAGAAUUUCACAAUUUACCAGAAGGAGUAUCAAGAACAGCAGGAUUUUGCACAAACAGAAGGGAUUCGAAAGGAUCGGAUGUUGCCUACAGAGUUUCAAAAACUGCACAGCUGAGUGCCCCAACAAAGCAGCUGUACCCAGGGGAAGACUUUCCAGAAGAUUUUUCAAUAUUAAUGACAGUAAAACCUAAAAAGGGGAUCCAGUCCUUCCUUCUAUCUGUCUACAAUGAGCAAGGAAUUCAGCAAGUAGGUGUUGAAGUUGGUAGAUCCCCUGUUUUCCUGUUUGAAGACCAAAAUGGAAAACCUGCCCCAGAAGACUAUCCUCUUUUCAGAACUGUCAACAUUGCUGAUGGCAAGUGGCAUCGAGUAGCUAUUAGUGUGGAGAAAAAAAGCGUUACAAUGAUUGUUGACUGUAACAAAAAAUCUACAAAACCACUUGAAAGAAGUGACAAAACAGUUGUGGACACCAAUGGCAUCACUGUCUUUGGAACCAGGAUUUUGGAUGAAGAAGUUUUUGAGGGUGAGAUCCAGCAGCUGUUGAUUAUAGCUGACCCCAGAGCUGCAUAUGACUAUUGUGAGCAUUAUAGCCCAGACUGUGAUUCCCCAGUGCCCAAUGCUGCUCAGGCUCAAGAUCCUCAAGUUGAUGAGUACACACCAGAAGAUUUUAUCGAAUAUGACUAUGAGUAUGGGGAUGCAGAUUAUAAAGAAACUGAUUCUGUAACAGAGGGACCCCCACUGUUCGAAGAGACAGUAGCACAAACAGAGGCAAAUGUUGUGGAUGGAUUUCGAGAGUAUAGCACAGCUGAAAAUGACUAUGGGCCCCAGACAGAAGCUCCCUCCAGAACUACUGAAGCAAAUGAGCAAAAGCCUGUUGAAGAAGUAUUUGCCGAAGAAUACAUAACUGGAGAGGAUUAUGAUAAAAAAACUGAAUAUGGAAGCAGAGGAGUAGACCUCAGUGAAUCUGAUCUGCUGGUAGAUGGAGAUUUAGGCGAAUAUGAUUUUUACGAAUAUAAAGAAUAUGAAGAGAAACCAACUGAUUCUACUAAUGAGGAGUUUGGUCCAGGUGUUCCUGCAGAGACUGAUAUCACAGAAACGAGUGUAACUAGACAUGGGGCUUAUGGAGAAAAAGGCCAAAAGGGAGAACCAGCUGUGAUUGAACCUGGUAUGCUCAUUGAAGGACCACCGGGACCAAGAGGACCUGCUGGUCUAACAGGUCCCCCAGGUCUACAAGGUCCUGUUGGUCCUCCAGGUGACCCUGGUGAAAGGGGUCCACCUGGUCGCCCUGGUCUCCCUGGUGCUGAUGGUUUAGCAGGUCCCCCAGGUACCAUGUUAAUGUUGCCGUUCCGCUUUGGUGGAGAUGGUGAGAAGGGCCCAACAAUCUCAGCUCAGGAAGCUCAAGCACAAGCUAUUCUUCAGCAAGCCAGGAUUGCUAUGAGAGGUCCACCUGGUCCCAUGGGACUCACUGGAAGACCAGGUCCUGUGGGUGGACCUGGAGCAGCAGGUGCUAAGGGUGAAAGUGGUGAACCAGGUCCCCAGGGCCCUCGUGGUGUUCAAGGUGCCCCUGGUCCAAGUGGAAAAGCUGGCAAAAGGGGACGUCCUGGAGCUGAUGGUGCCAGAGGAAUGCCAGGAGAACCUGGUGCAAAGGGUGACAGAGGAUUUGAUGGUCUUCCUGGCCUCCCUGGUGACAAAGGUAACAGGGGAGAUCGAGGCCCGCAGGGACCUCCUGGCUUACCUGGUGAAGAUGGAUCAAGAGGAGAAGAUGGGGAAGUAGGACCAAGAGGUCUCCCAGGUGAAGCUGGCCCACGGGGAUUACUGGGCCCCAGAGGUACACCUGGUCCCCCUGGACAACCUGGCAUUGCAGGUAUUGAUGGACCUUCAGGCCCAAAAGGAAACAUGGGUCCUCAAGGGGAACCAGGACCUCCUGGUCAGCAAGGAAUUCCAGGCCCACAGGGGCUUCCUGGUCCUCAAGGUCCUAUCGGACCUCCUGGUGAAAAAGGACCUCAAGGCAAGCCUGGCCUUCCUGGCCUUCCUGGUUCUGACGGGCCUCCUGGUCAUCCUGGCAAAGAAGGUCAGUCUGGAGAUAAAGGUGCAUUGGGGCCUCCAGGUCCUCAGGGUCCAAUUGGCUAUCCAGGUCCUCGUGGUGUAAAGGGAGCUGAUGGUGUCCGUGGUCUCAAGGGAUCCAAAGGUGAAAAGGGUGAAGAUGGUUUUCCAGGAUUUAAAGGUGACAUGGGCCUUAAAGGUGACCGGGGAGAAAUUGGUCAGCCAGGUCCACGAGGAGAAGAUGGUCCAGAAGGUCCUAAAGGUCGAGCAGGUCCAUCUGGGGACCCAGGUGCUGCUGGCCCAGCUGGAGAAAAGGGUAAGCUUGGUGUACCUGGAUUGCCAGGAUAUCCAGGAAGACAAGGUCCAAAGGGCUCAACUGGUUUCCCAGGAUUUCCAGGUGCCAAUGGAGAGAAAGGUGCAAGGGGAUUACAUGGCAAACCAGGCCCCAGAGGACAGCGAGGACCAACAGGUCCAAGAGGCUCAAGAGGUCCUAGAGGUCCCACUGGCAAACCAGGUCCUAAGGGUACUGCAGGCAAUGAUGGUCCUCCUGGCCCACCAGGUGAAAGGGGACCACAAGGGCCUCAAGGACCUGUUGGGUUCCCCGGACCAAAGGGACCUCCAGGUCCACCUGGAAAAGACGGCUUGCCUGGGCACCCAGGGCAGCGGGGUGAGACUGGUUUUCAAGGAAAAACUGGUCCUCCUGGUCCUGGUGGUGUUGUUGGCCCUCAGGGUCCUACUGGUGAGACUGGCCCAAUUGGUGAAAGAGGUCAUCCAGGUCCUCCUGGUCCACCAGGGGAACAAGGCCUUCCAGGUGCUGCAGGAAAAGAAGGUGCUAAGGGUGACCCAGGCCCUCAAGGCAUUCCUGGGAAAGAUGGACCAGCAGGUCUUCGCGGUUUCCCUGGAGAGAGAGGCCUUCCAGGUGCUCAGGGUCCAGCCGGUUUGAAAGGAGGGGAAGGCCCACAAGGCCCACCUGGCCCACUUGGUUCACCAGGGGAACGCGGAGCAGCAGGCACUGCUGGCCCAAUUGGUCUACCAGGUCGUCCUGGACCUCAGGGUCCUCCAGGCCCUGCAGGAGAGAAGGGCGCUCCUGGUGAAAAAGGUCCUCAAGGUCCCGCUGGACGUGAUGGAGUACAGGGUCCUGUUGGACUUCCUGGUCCUGCUGGUCCUAGUGGUUCUCCUGGAGAAGAUGGUGACAAGGGUGAAAUUGGUGAACCGGGUCAGAAAGGUAGUAAAGGCGACAAGGGAGAGAACGGUCCUCCGGGUCCACCAGGUCUCCAGGGUCCUGUUGGUGCCCCUGGUAUAGCUGGAGGUGAUGGGGAGCCAGGCCCGAGAGGUCAGCAAGGGAUGUUUGGGCAAAAAGGUGAUGAAGGUCCUCGAGGAUUCCCUGGCCCUCCAGGCCCUAUUGGCUUACAGGGUCUGCCUGGCCCACCAGGUGAAAAGGGUGAAAAUGGCGAUGUGGGCCCAAUGGGUCCACCUGGCCCUCCAGGUCCAAGAGGUCCCCAGGGUCCUAAUGGAGCUGAUGGUCCUCAAGGACCACCUGGCUCAAUUGGCUCUGUUGGAGGUGUUGGUGCAAAGGGUGAACCUGGAGAAGCUGGUAACCCUGGACCACCUGGAGAAUCUGGAACAUCUGGUCCAAAAGGUGAAAGGGGAGAAAAAGGUGAGGCUGGUCCACCUGGAGCAGCUGGACCACCAGGUGCUAAAGGACCUCCAGGUGAUGAUGGACCUAAGGGUAACCCAGGCCCAGUUGGUUUUCCUGGAGAUCCUGGUCCCCCUGGUGAACCUGGUCCAGCUGGUCAAGAUGGUGUUGGUGGAGAGAAGGGUGAAGAUGGUGAUCCUGGUCAACCUGGUCCACCAGGUCCUUCAGGUGAAGCUGGCCCACCUGGCCCACCUGGAAAAAGAGGACCUCCAGGAGCAACUGGUGCUGAAGGCAGACAAGGCGAAAAAGGUGCCAAGGGUGAACCUGGUGCAGAAGGGGCUCCUGGAAAAACAGGUCCUGUUGGUCCGCAAGGACCUGCUGGAAAACCUGGCCCAGAGGGUCUCCGGGGCAUUCCUGGCCCUGUGGGAGAACAAGGUCUACCUGGAGCACCAGGUCAGGAUGGCCCUCCUGGGCCUCUGGGUCCACCUGGCUUGCCUGGCUUGAAAGGAGAUCCAGGUUCCAAAGGAGAGAAGGGACAUCCUGGUUUGAUAGGCCUGAUUGGACCUCCAGGAGAACAGGGCGAAAAGGGUGAUAGGGGUCUUCCUGGCCCACAGGGAUCUCCUGGAGCCAAGGGUGAUGCAGGAAUUUCCGGUCCUGCAGGUCCGCUUGGACCCCCUGGUCCUCCUGGUUUACCUGGUCCCCAGGGUCCAAAAGGUUCCAAAGGAUCCAGUGGUCCUGCUGGUCAAAAGGGUGACAGUGGGUUACCUGGUCCACCUGGUCCCCCAGGUCCUCCAGGUGAGGUAAUCCAGCCACUGCCAAUCCAGUCACCCAAAAAGACAAGAAGAUCUCCUGAUUACAUGUUAUCUGAUGCUGGUGAUAAUAUUCUGGAUUAUUCCGAUGGCAUGGAAGAGAUCUUUGGUUCAUUGAAUUCACUGAAGCAAGAUAUUGAGCAUAUGAAGUAUCCAAUGGGCACACAGAAUAACCCAGCCCGAACUUGCAAAGACUUGCAACUCUGCCACCCAGACUUCCCAGAUGGAGAAUACUGGAUUGAUCCUAACCAGGGCUGUUCUGGAGACUCCUUCAAAGUAUACUGCAAUUUCACAGCAGGUGGAGAAACUUGCAUCUACCCAGAUAAGAAAUCUGAAGGAGUUAGGAUUUCAUCGUGGCCAAAGGAGAAUCCAGGAUCUUGGUUUAGUGAAUUUAAGCGAGGAAAACUUCUUUCCUAUUUGGAUGUUGAAGGCAAUUCCAUUAAUAUGGUCCAAAUGACAUUCCUUAGACUACUGAGUGCCUCUGCCAGACAGAAUUUCACUUACAACUGUCAUCAGUCUGUAGCUUGGCAUGAUGCAUCAUCUGACAGCUAUGACAAAGCACUAAGGUUCUUAGGAUCAAAUGAUGAAGAAAUGUCUUAUGACAACAGUCCUUACAUCAAAGCUCUUCAUGAUGGCUGUGCGUCAAGAAAGGGCUAUACAAAGACGGUGAUCGAAAUCAACACACCCAAAAUAGACCAAGUGCCUAUAGUUGAUGUGAUGAUCAAUGACUUUGGUGAUCAGAACCAGAAGUUUGGAUUUGAGGUCGGUCCAGUCUGCUUCCUUGGUUAAACUUAAGACAAAAUCAGAUCAACAAAAAUGUUGCACUUUGGUGCUACCAACCCACUUCAUGCCACAUGCAAGUUUUGAGUAAGGAUGGCAUAGAAAAUAUGUCUUGUUGUGUAUGUCUUACCUAGAAAGUAAUUGUUGCCCUUGUAGGGCCAGAAUCACAUGACUUAAACUUAUUUUGCAAAGUUGCUGUGGCACAGACAGACAACAUAGGGCUCACUUUAGGAACAACCCCCUUUGGAUUCCUUCGGUGCUGUAAAAAAAAUGAACAACAUGGUGCUCCUUCCAUUACAACAAAGAGGUGUUAAGGAAGUGUUGAAUAAACUGUAAUUAUUCUAUGUACAGUACUGUACUGUUAUUUCUCUGUCCAUUUCCAAAACUUGCACGUGUCUUUGAAUUGCAUCUGGCUCUUAUUUUAUAAUUACAAAACUCCAUUGUCAGUACUGUGUAUGUAUUCUGAAAAAAUAAAGCUGUACUUGCCAGUGAAGCCAAUUCUGAUUAAUAAUAAACUCCCUUUGUAUAUAUUGUUGUUGAAAAGCUUGUUAUUUGAAGUCACCAACAAAAUGUAAGGUGGCAAAACUGUUUGAGCAGCACAAACAACUCUCUUCUGCUGGUAUCACUCUGUGAUGAUGAAUUUCAGUGAAGGGACCUUCAAAGGUGCUGUGUUCCAUGGUGCUAUACCUCAGACUUUUUAUGUUCUUUUCUCAUUCCACCAUUUCAGAAGAUACCUGUAUAUACCUAAAAUAAACAAAUUUCUAUUUUUGGGUGGGGAAAAUAUGUAAGAAAAAUGAAAAAAACCCUAACUUUUCUGUAAGAGAUCUGUUAAAAAUCUGUGUGAAAGAAAUCAGUCUUCUUUUUUAAUCAUCUCAUCUGAAUUUGUUUCCAUUGUGCUUAUUUACAUAAAUAUUGAAACUCGAUUCCAACAGUUAUUUAUGGAUUCUGGAUUCUUGCAGUGUUUACUUAGAUUUUUUAUAUAAGCAAUGACGGAUGUUUGCUUCCUGAACUGGAUACUGAAAGUUCCACAGAAUGGUCCUAUACAAUAUUUGCCCAUCCCAGUAAUAUGAAGCAUUUUUUCCUUGUUAUUUCACCUGAAGGCCAGGGAUGCAAUAUGUCUAGGUCAUGUGAUUCUACAUAGUUGCUAAGCAACACACGAGGGGACUGCUUCCUACAGAGCUGUCUUUGACCGAACCUGAUACAAUCUGCCAUUCAAAUGUCACCAAACAAAAAUGUUGGUUUGGCCUUCCCUCUGAACAUUUUAUUCAGGUAGUUGGAAGUAGAAAUUACAUUUUAGCUUUACAACACAAAUCCUUUUGUAAUUAUUUUUCGUAAUAUAUGUAAGACUUGAAAAGAAAUGUUUGUUUCUAUUUCUUAAAAAAUUGUUAAAUUAAAUAGUACUAGUUUCUGCUG